AUGGAAAAUGGGGGGGGUAGUUUUUCAUUUGAUAUGCUUGAUAUGAUUAAUAGUAAUUAUAAUUCAAAGGCAGAAAAAAGAAAUAGUAAAAAAAAGAAGGAAGAUAAAAAUGAUAAUAUAAAUUUAAGAAAUACAGUAAAAGAUAUAAAUCAUAAUUUAAUAGAACAAAUUGAUGAUUUUAAUAAUGAUUCUAUUUAUGAUGAAAAUAAAGAAGUAAAUGAAAUAUAUGAAGAAAAAAAAAAAAAAAAAAAAAAAGGAAAAAUAAUUUUGAUAAUUCCAAUGGGUCCAUAUAAACAAACAAAUAAAGAACAAAAUAAAAUAAAUGAUAAUCAAAAUAAAUUAGGUAAUAUAUCUUAUGAUAAAAAAAAUAAUAGUAUACAUGAUGAAGAAUUGUCUAUAAAUAGUAAUUCAGAUGGUUUUCUUAUUUUAACUGAUGAUGAAAAUGAAAAAAUAAAUUUAAAAGAUAAUUAUGAUAAUAAUGAAUUAAGUCAAAAUAAUUUAUCAAAUAAUGAAGAUAAUUUAAAUUAUUCUUUAUAUAAGAAAGAGUUUUCUAAUUGUCAUGAUGAAAAUUUUAUUAAUUCAAAAAUAAAAGAAAUGGAUAUAAUAAACAAACAGCUAUUCCCUACAACUUCUUCUCCUCCUUAUGAAUGUACUAAUUGUAAUAUAUUUUUAAAAGAAAUAACUACAAGAAAUUAUUUGAACUUUUCAACAUUAAAUGAAUACAUAAAUCAAAGUGAACAUAAUUUACUUUUAUUGAAAAAUAAAAAAAUUGAUCAACUCGAAAAAUUAAAUAAAAACAUAAUGCAUAAAAUGAAACAGCUAAAAAAGGAAAAUACUUUUUUGCUCGAAAAAUUGAAAUAUUUCCAAACAAAUUUCAUCAACUUAGAUAUUAAUGUUAAUAAAUUAAUUGAAGAAAAUAAAAUAUUGAAAAGUAUCAAUGAAGAUCUGCAAAAAAAGGUACAUAUGAAUGAAGCACCUUCUUCAAAUGAUGAAGAAGAAAAGAAGACAAUACGAAAAAACAAAAAGGAAAGAGCAAAGGGAAAGGAUCUAUUUGAAAAUUCGAUAGAUAAAGAUAUAUUCUCGGACACUUAA